CGUAGUUCGUAGCGUCGUAGGCUAGUUUAUGCUCGCCGUAGCAAAAAGAAACCAACAAUCACAAUUCACAAACGCCAACUUAGAAAACCACAAAGUCCCCGUCAAAUUCACAGCACUCUCACUCCUCCCUAUUCCUCUUUCAUCUUCCAUUUCCCUUUCUCACCAGAAAUUUCUCUGAGUAGUGAAAAGUUAAAAAUGAGCGAACCUCCGAAGCUAUACGUCAACAAACCCAAGAAAGCUCAGUUGAAGCAAUCAAGAGUAAUGAUGGAAGCUCAAUCAUCAACAGCAACACCAUCUUCUUCGUCAAUAGGCGGUGGUUAUGGCGGCGGAGCUUCGACUCCACCACCGGAGGUUCCAAAGCAGUCUUUUGUGAGGCGGUAUAAGUUCUUCUUGCCUCUCAUUUUGAGUGUCAAUCUCGCUGUUGGAGCUUAUCUAUUUAUGAGGACCAAGAAGAAAGACAUAGCUGUUGAGGAAGAAACUACUACUGAUGCACCUUCCACUCUGACUCCCACUCCUUCAACUUCAGCUGCAACCCCAACAGCCACUUCUGUUACCGAGAGCCCAACCAUAGCACAAGUUACAAGAGUACGAAAACCAAUUCCUGAGCAGCAGCAAAGGGAAGUGUUCAAGUGGAUGCUUGAAGAGAAGAGGAAGAUCAAGACCAAAGACCCUGAAGAGAAGAAGCAGAUCGAUGAAGAAAAAACCAUCCUCAAGCAAUUUCUCCGAGCCAAGUCCAUCCCCAAUAUCUAAACUUUGUGCAGAAACAGAUACAAAACGAAUCUGGUGGUGUCUGUUUUUUGGUUUUUGGUGACCAGGUUCAAUGCUUAUGCCUUCUUUAAGGUGCACAACAAUCUUACAAUUCUUGAAAUGUUCAUGGUUACCUAGAUCUAUAUUUUACAGAGUAUUCCCUAACCAAACCAAAUUGUAAUUUCUACAUGGAUAAGAGGAAAUCUUGUGGCCAUUUCGAAUUAUUAUCUCAUUUCAAGAAUAUGAAUUGACUUGAACAUUGACAUGACUAGAA